CCAACAACACGCGUGUUAGAAAAUCUGUGAUAGUACUUUGUUUGCAGGCAAAGAUGUGAAACAUUAUAACCUGUUUAUUCGUCUGGUGUAGUGCAAAGAUAAUUUGACGUUUAGGGUAGAAGUCAGUUUUCAUUAUAGCGCGAGGCGUGUGGGGAGUGAAGGAUGAUAAGGUAUUAGUAAUAGGAAGGUAAGAUUAAAGCCAAGAUGGCUGAGUUUGUGAGGGGUGGACCGGCGACGGGGAUAAUUCUGCCGAAAGAAAAGCUUCAGGGUUCCCCUAGCACAGGGAGUGAUGAAGGACACGACGGUGCUAUUGGGGAGGAGUUCGAUCCUUUUUUGGGAGACGCCGAAGAAGCUGAAGGUGCUAAUGUGUCAACGGUAGUAGCACCUCCUGAAAAUUUAUGGUACCAUGGACGGCUUGAUCGGUAUACAGCCGAAGAACGUCUAUGGCAAGCAGCAAAAAUGGGAAGUUACCUUGUUCGUGAAAGUGACAGAAAACCAGGGUCGUAUGUGUUAUCGUAUCUUGGUCGAACAGGAAUCAAUCACUUUAGGAUAACUGCUGUCUGUGGUGAUUUCUACAUUGGUGGUAGGCAGUUCGAUUCACUGUCUGAUCUCAUAGGUUACUACACAAGCUGCUCAGACCUUUUGAAACGCGAAAGGUUAAUGCAUCCUGUUCCACCACCUGAACCAGUAAACGAUAAGAAAAGAAUUGUUGCCAUUUUACCAUACACCAAAAUGCCCGACACAGAUGAGCUAAGUUUUCAGAAAGGUGAUAUAUUUUUUGUCCAUAAUGACAUGGGAGAUGGAUGGCUGUGGGUAACGGCACAUCGGACUGGCGAACAGGGAAUGAUUUUCCGAGAUUUGGUUGAAGACUUGGAUGAAAAUAUUGAUCCAAAUACUGUUUUUAGUUGGUUUCAUCCGAAUGUUACCAAAAGUGAAGCUGUUGAUAUGCUUGUUAAAGCUGGACCGGGAAGCUUCCUUGUUAGACCAAGUGACAACUCACCUGGAGACUAUUCUCUGUUCUUUCACAUCAAUAAUCAGAUUCAAAGAUUUCGUAUUGAGAAGAAGGGUGUUCGAUAUUUGAUGGGUGGCCGUACAUUUGAAUGUUUGGAUGCUGUCAUAAACAGAUAUAGAAAGGAACAGAUUGUGGAAGGCCACACGUUAGUUAUGGCUGUGAGUAGGAAUAUGGAUGGAGAUGGAACAAUAAAAUCAAAAGAAGUACAGCAUGCUGAGAAGAUUUAUGCCACACUUCGUGAAUGCAGGGAACAAUCGGGGGUGAAGAAAAAUAAAGGCAUUAAAAUGCAGGGUUACCUCAACAAGAAGAGUGAGAAAAACAAGAAAUGGAAGUCAAUGUAUUUUGUGUUAUUGGUUGAUGGAACUGAUACUCAUUUAUAUUUUUAUGAUAAUCCAAAGCGUACAAAACCAAAGGGUCUUAUUGAUCUCAGCUGUGCCUACCUGUAUCAGGUCCAUGAUAGUGUUUUUGAUCGACCACAUUGCUUCCAGCUUGUUGAACGUGCACUGCCAUGUUUGGCUACAAUCACCUAUUUGUGUUCUAAUUCUGCUGACACCACACAGGACUGGAUAACAGCAUUGAAGCCUCUCUGUGUAACACAGCAAACAAGAUCACCCAAGGUGCAAAGGUUGAGAGAGUUAAGGUGCCUGCAGCUGCAUAUUCUUGAUGCUCAUAGGUUGCCAUACAAGUUAGUGCCAAACCCUUUUUGUAUUAUAUCUCUUAAUCAAGUGAAAGUGGCCCGUACAAAAGUAAAAACAGGGCCAGAUCCAGUCUGGGAUGAGGAGUUUAUUCUGGAUGAUGUCCCACCAGAUGUUUUAACAUUCACUGUAACUGUGUACAACAAAGGAAAGCGUUCAAAGGAUACUGAAGUUGCUGAGUUGACAGUGGAGCUCAGUAGUUUGACCAAUGGGGAUGAGACGGAGGACUGGUACCAGCUGUCGGGCAUCACACCAAUCGGCGAAUGGGGCUCACUACGUCUGCGCACAAGAUAUCUCCAUGACCUUAUAAUGCCACAAGAAGAGUACUCUCCACUGCAGCAGUUGGUACUGGAUCCAUCUCUGGAAGUGGUUCGAGCUUUGGCAGACACAUGCCACUUGGACAGAGCCCCACUAGCUACUUCUUUGCUGCGUAUUUUUAGGUAUGAAAGGAAGGAAGCUGACCUGUUGAAAGCACUAAAUGAAGCUGAGAUCGAGAAAGAAGAAGAAACAUCUACGCUUUUCCGAGCAGCAUCUCUCACAACUACCCUCAUGGACUUAUAUAUGAAAUCUGUCUGCACUGGUUUUCUACAAUCAGCUAUUCAGGAUACUAUUUUAAAACUGCUUGAAUCGAAACAGUCAUGUGAGUUGAAUCCAACAAAGAUGGAAUCGCCCGAUGAUGCUUGUGCCAAUGCUGAGUUUCUGCUUCAAGUUCUUGAUGAAGUUACUCAUUCCAUCUUUAUGUCUGCCGAUGCUUGCCCAAAGACUGUAAGAUACAUCUGUGGCUGUUUGCAGAGGUCUGUAAUGAGCAAGUGGCCUCAUGAGAGACUUGUACGCACACGUGUUGUAAGUGGGUUCAUAUUCCUGAGGUUACUCUGCCCAGCAAUUCUGAAUCCUCGACAGUUUAAUCUGAUAUCAGAGCCUCCACCACCUAUGGCUGCAAGAUCUCUUAUAAUGGUUGCUAAGUGCCUUCAAAAUCUUGCUAAUCUCAUUGAAUUUGGAGGGAAGGAACCCUACAUGGAAGUUGUCAACCCCUUUAUCCUCAAAAACAAAGAGCGCAUGGUUGUUUUCCUGGAUCAGCUGUCUAAUUUGCCAGAAAAGCCUGAACCUGAGGAGGCAAGGAUUAAAGGUGAUCCAGCUCGAGAUUUAGGCACACUUCACCACAUAUGUGUCUCACAUCUAAAGGAACUACAAGCCCUUAGCAAAAGCCAGGUUACCCUAAAGAAGCUAGUCACUGUCACAGAAAUGCUGAGUAAGCACAAACAGAAGUACCUGGAAAUGAUAAGGUAGUUGUUUCAACAGGAGGCACAUCCAGUUUCCCAUAGUGAGUCUAUGUGCCAUUCUGCUUUUGGCAUUUGAGUAGGACAUGCUGAGGAAAGACUAUGGACUGUUGAAGAUGUAAUAGUUGUGGCUGAAGAGUAAGAAACUUUUUGCAUCGCUUUUCUCAAUUGCCAGGACGAAUAUACUCAGGUUAUGUGAUCGUGUUAGAUAUUGUUAUCUAAUAUAUAUUUGAAAUGAACAAUAUAGCACAAAGAGUACUCAUCAGGAAGGCAACAGUACUAUACUGUUACUUAAUUCCUAGAUAUUUAGUUUGUAUACACACACGGAUGAAUGAAGCGAUUCGAUUGAACACCUUCGACUAAAGUAGAUAUAUGUUCGCAUAAGUAUGUGAUGAAUCUUUUUUAUUACAGUGAGAUUAAUUUUUAUAUUUAUAUGUUUCGUAGUGACUGUCUGAACCGAAUGAAAACUAUUUUGAAUGUAACAGUAAUGUAAAUAUUUUGAUGCAUUUUACCUUGUGCAUUUUGUACAGAGAAAUUAUAUAGCUUAGCUCAUUUGAAGAAAAAUAAUCUCCAGUGAACUAGUGAUUACAUCUUUGUUAACUGUCUUUUUUAUGUAUGAAAUUUUACAAUACAUCAAUGUGAUCUGUAUAAAGCAAUUCCUUGUGUAGUUUUUUUAAUUGAAUCAAAUACCAGUUGUACAUAAUAAAGAACAACUGGUAUACAAUUAUUUUCAUACUAUUUUGAUAAAAAAAGAGGGUAUCAUUCUAAGGAAGGCCUGAUUGAGUAGUUUUUCCUUUGAAUAAAAUUUGCUAGUUAUAUUAGGCACUGAUGAACUUAAAAACAAGUAAAAAUAUCAUUGCAGUGAGAUGUUUUGUGUGUGGAAAGAAGGAAGGGGAAAGGGAAGGUGGUAAUGCGUGUAUACUGUGCAGCAAACAUAAAACAGUAUGUAGGAGGUGGGGGAAGGGGGGGGGGGGGUGAAGAAAGAAUGGGAGAAGACAGGAAGAAUAUAUUGUUACAGGGCAUUAAUUAUUACAAUAGUGACUCAAUUACUUAUAUCAGCAAUGGUUUAUAAGAAAUUUCUUACUUGUAGGAAGCCAUUUCCCUCAGUCACUGAAACCAUUUAAAUUGUUGUUUCUGAAUUUAGUGCUGCCAUUAUAUUAAAUGACAAAUGUGAAUUGCAGUUGAAAACUCUGAAAAAUCUUGAAUAUGUGAUAAAUCAUCUUCCAUUAUGUCAUGGAGCAUGUAAAGCAGUUAUGAAAUAACAGAACACCUCUUGACAGAAUCUGAUUGAAAAGAUCAGUUGUUAGUAUUAUUGCUCAAAGUGAUACUGUAAAGCUGUGACAUCUCUCUUUUGAAUCCAUUAUAUUACCAUCAGCAUAAAUAUUUUGUGUCCACUGAAGGUGUAGUCCUGGAACCUACAUAAAUAUUUUUUUUUGUUUAUAUUUUAGGUACCUUGUCUUUUGCUUCCAGUGGACAACAGCAUAAUACAGAUGUAACAGUUACUUCAUUCUUUGUAAUAAAAAAAAGUCAUUGUGAA